GUGUAAGUAUAGAAAAUGUUGGGUUAUAGUAUAAAGCACAUUUUGCAUUCUUGUGUAUUUUUGACCAUAUUAAUAGGAGCAUUCAAAGUACGAAUAUAUCGUUAUUUGAGUGAAAAUGACAAAAGUGAUUAUUCUACCUUUACAAUAUUAUUCAAUUGUAUUAAACUGGUGACAUUGAUCGCGCUGCCACAGAUGUUAUUCAAUUUUCUCGGCCUAAUACUGUACGAUGCGUUUCCAGGUAAGGUUAAGUUGAAGGGCUCGCCAUUGUUGGCGCCAUUUAUAAACAUACGGGUAGUGACCCGCGGGGAUUAUCCGCAGUUGGUUAAAACGAAUGUAAAGCGCAACUUGAAAACGUGCAUGGAUGUGGGAUUAAAGAACUUCCAGAUAGAAGUCGUCAGUGACAAGCCGAUUGGGUUGAUGUCGCACAGAAGAAUCCGGGAGCUAGUGGUUCCGAACGAGUACCGGACCAAGACCGGGGCCUUGUUCAAAGCUCGUGCGCUACAGUACUGCCUCGAGGACGGGGUCAACGAGCUAGCUGAUCAUGACUGGAUCCUCCAUCUUGACGAAGAAACGCUUCUUACAGAGAACUCGAUCCACGGGAUCCUCAACUUUGUCCUCGAUGGCAAGCAUCCUCUUGGUCAAGGUCUCAUCACUUACGCGAACGAGACCGUCGUCAACUGGAUCACCACCGUAGCUGACAGCAUCAGAGUCACUGAUGACAUGGGGAAGCUCAGGUUCCAGUUCCAUACGUUCCACAGGCCACUUUUUAGUAUAAAAGGUUCCUUCCUCGUUGCUCAGACUGGUGCCGAGAAACACGUGUCCUUUGACAAUGGGCUAGAUGGUUCCAUAGCCGAGGACUGUUUCUUCGCACUGAAGGCUGACAGCCUCGGGUACACCUUCGACUUCAUCGAAGGCGAGAUGUGGGAAAUGUCUGUAUUCACAAUAUCCGACUUUAUCCGUCAGCGUACGCGUUGGAACCAUGGUAUCCACUUAGUCGUAAACUCUAACCUCAUUCCCUUAAAAAAUAAAAUAUUCGUCGCCCUUUUGUACUUCUCAUUUCUCACGUCACCUUUAUCAGUUUUGUGUGGACUUUUACCCUUAAUAAUUAACCUAGAGUAUUUCAUCCUCAUUGACUUACCCAGUAUUUUCAUUGGUAUCGUCAGUGUUUAUUCGCACAUUUAUGGUUGUAUUCAGUCAUUUCCAUUUAAAAAUUACAAGGUGCUUUCAUGCGUUAUGUUAAUGAUUUUGACUUUAUUAUCACCAUUGACAGCAAUUUUAGAGAUUACUGCUUUAGUAUGUACUGCAUUUGACCGCAAUUUCUAUACAUUUUAUGUAGUUAACAAGGUUCCAUCAGUUGUUAAUCAUAAAGACUAAU